GGUAUAAGAUCUCACGGCAUCCUUCUCGCGAAGCUAAUUUUUUAAUAACAGCACUCCAUCCACAGCCUCCACCUUUUCACACACAGCACAGCACAGUACCAAGCACACAGCACAUACACAGCACCAAGCACCAAGCACAACCCUCACAACACAGACCAGAAAUAUGUCCGACCUCGAACCCUCCGCCGCCCGCGCCUCCACCGGCAGCGGUUCCGAAAGCGAAGCACCCGCGCCACCACCCCGUCGGCAACGGAAAUCCCGCAAAUCCCGCCAAAACGGGGGCGGGCCCUUGGGCGGCGGGCUUCCCACAGACGCCGUAGGCGACGUAGUCGGCAACGCCGUCGACACAGUGGGCAACACUCUGGGGUCUGUGGGGGAUACGGCGGGCGGGCUUGUUGGCGGGGUGACGGGCGCCGUGGGGGGAGGGGGCGGUGGGGGUGGAGGGAAGGAGGGCGGGAAGGAUACACUGAGGCUCAGGCUGGAUUUGAAUCUCGAGAUUGAGGUCACGCUAAAGGCGAGAAUUCAUGGCGAUUUGACGUUGGCGCUGUUGUAA